AUGGACGAACAGGCUGCGACAAAGGCCCACCAUUUUCUAAAUUUCAGACGAAACCCCAAUAAGAAGUCCAAAAAAGCGGGAGUCCAGCAGCGUGAGGCCACAAGCAGCCUCAUCCCCAAAUCUGGGCACAAUACCGGUGAACAGUCAACCAUGAAGAACGAGAAAGUGCUGGCAGAUCACCUUGUCGAGACUUCUCAACAGCUCGUUUCUACUGAUUAUACGGCUGCUCGUAUCCAGACCACGGAGAAGCUCACUUUCUGGGAAAGAGCCAAACUUGACGAGGAUAUCAUGGCCAAGCACAAUGUGGGUGAUGAGGCACACAUGAGAAAGUUUGCGACCGUGCGACUUGAAGAAAUGCAGAUGUCCACGAUUGUGCAAAUCGUGGAAAAGUUCUCUGGCUUUCUGGGAAGUGUGGCGGCAUUGGAUACCUCACAGCAUGCGGGACUCGCAUGGGCAGGAGUCUGUGUUCUUCUACCGUUGAUUACAAAUGAUACCAAAGAAAGACAAAUAGCUAUUGAUGGGAUCGAGGUCAUGACGCGCAUUACCGCGCGAUACACGACAUCGGAUCGCGAUUACACUUCUGGGAGCAUAAACCAUGAUCCUUCUUUUGAGAAAGCUCUGGUGAGACUUUAUCGCAAGGUCACUCUAUUCUACAUGAAGGCCUCCUGUUAUUUUGCUAGGUCAACCUUCAAAAGAACUCUGCGAGGGACCUUUGCCGCUGAUUCCUGGACUUCGGCACAAUCCGCUGUAGAACAAGCCGAUAAAGACUGCCAUCCAUUUACGGUUUCUCUUGGCCUCUCAACGCUUCUUGGGAAACCUGAUGGGAUUCUGGACUCUUUGCGCGAGAUACAAUUAGAUGACCAUAUUGAUCGAGUCAAGAAAUGGCUGGUCCAUGAUGUUGAUGUGGAAUAUCAGCAUGCGAGUACAAGGGAGAAACUUGGCGCACAAUAUCGAGAACCCGGAAAGUGGCUUCUUGACUCACCAGAGUUUCAAGAUUGGAUUCAAGGCUCUCAGGGACAAUUCUGGAUUCAAGGGGUCAUUGGGACAGGGAAAACAUCACUGGUUUCGAUUGUUCAAUAUCAUGUCAAACAAACGUUUGAAAACCUCGCCUUUUUCUACUUCAGCGGCAGCUUUGCGGAUAGUGCUUCGGGGAAAAACAUGCAUCUUACCAAAUUCCUGCGGGCUCUUAUAGAGCAGCUUGCUUUAUCCCCAAAUGGUGACCGGAUUGCCGAAGAGGAAGACCUUUAUUUCACUAGAGCAGUGGAAGAGGGAACGCUGCGGUCGCCAACACCACUAGAUUUUCAACAAGCGUCUGAGCUGCUGGUUGAAGUUAUCAACAGUCGAGAUGAGACCAUUCUCAUCCUGGAUGGAUUGGAUGAAUUCCCUUCCUUCGUUUCACUUCUCUCCAGUUCGCAAACAAUUGAUCAUCGUGCAAACAACCUCAAGAUUCUGUUCUCAAGCCAAUAUGUGGACAGCUUCCCAGACAUGAAAAUGUUCGUUGAGGGGGAACUUCGUAGGUUUCAGGUUCAACGCCCAAACCUCAUCGACGAGACCCUAGCCGCGGAUAUCAUCGAAACCCUCCCAGAGAAGGCAGAAGGAACUUUCAAAUGGGCAGAGCUGACUCUAAAGGCUGUUCUUGAUCCAGAUAGUGAAAUCAAUGCCAAAGAAAUCAACACCAACUGGCAAUCAAUUAAGAGCGCAGAGUUCCAAUGGGCUACAAGGGACUUUAUCCAGAUUUACGAGGAUGAUAUUGCAGAGAGCACAGACGGAGUAUCUGAGGUUCGAAUAUCAAAAAUUUGUCGCAAUUUCCUCUUUCUUUCCGAUGAAGGAACUGUCACACUCUCACAUUCCUCGGCUCGAGAUUAUCUUAGCCUUAAGUUAUCUCGUCGGAUCAAGCAGUUUCUCCAUACAGACCAAGAGAGCAACGAUGUGGAAAACACAGAUGAGAAUGUUCUAAGAAUUGCACGUGAGACGUCUCUUCAACUAGCAAGCUCCAGGAUCUGCACUGAAUGCCUGGAUAUUAUCCUGGAUUCUAAAAACUGGACCAAAGAGGAAUCAGAGGGUAGCCCAUUGCUCACUUAUGCUUGCAAAUUCUGGCCAAAGCACGCAGCCUUGUGCAAUGACAAAUACUUCCAAGACGAGAUUCUUGCUAAAAUCAAAAGUCUGUUUCAUAUGAGAAAUUCUGACACGUUUCGGAGAUGGGUCUCUGUUUUCGAUGCUGUUGAGUCAUUCCAAUUGUCCAAAGAGCCCGACCCUUCAUAUUAUGCCGUCAUUUUAGAAAUGCCCGAUAUUGUUCAAUUCUGUCUUGACCAAGGGUCAUCCGCCACCUCUAGGGGAGGCAAGCAUGGCUUCCCUCUUCAAACCGCUUGCUAUCUAGGAAACAUGACCAUCUUUUCUUUGAUGAUUUCAGGGACAGAUAUCAACAGCGUGGACAACGUCUAUGGUACACCAUUACAAGCAUCGAUUGCUGGUAAACAAAAAGCCGUUUCAAUUAGCUUGAUCUCCAAUUUCGGGGCCGAUGUGAACUUGCGGGGUGGGACCUUUGGAACAGCACAGCAGAUGGCUCUCGCCCUCAAUGAUCUCGAUCUUCUUGCAUUCUUUGAUGCGCACGGUUCUAGGAUGGAAGAUGAAAAUGGAAGAGGUCAAGCAUGGGCUACUGCCUGGGAAUCAAACUACGCCACCAUCCAGAGAAUCAGAAUUACAGAGAGGCUACGUAAUUUGCUACGCAUAAAAUCGAGUUUUCUACCCCUGUCUGUGGACUCAGAUUUACAGCUACUGGCCAUCUGCAUUCAUACCCGAUCUAUUGCUCUCGCGAGUUCAUCGUACCAAGACUUCAUGCUACGUGCCUUUGGUGACCAUGCUUUUCGAAGGCUAGCAGAGUACAAGGGCCAGGUAAGAGAGUAUACUGCAUUGGUGAUCUGCUCUGAACGGAUGCGAGAAGAGGAUCUUGACUGCAGGAGCUUCAUACCACGAGCGCUUUCCUGGCUGGUGCUCCUUGCUAUAUCAGUCGAUGGCGAUGUGGACACCAUGGAGCUGAUUGAUUAUUUAGCAACCUCUAUUGGCCGCCAAGAAUCUUUCUUGAGCAAAUACCCAGAUUAUUCGAAGCAUUCUGCACUUAGGCAAGUGGUCGCCGAAUAUUUUGCCCAGAUCCUGAGCCAUUUACUUUCCUCGCCUCUUCCAGUGUCUCGUACUCGCAUACUGAAACGGCUUUUUAAAGGACUUCGGAUGAAGAAUGAGAAGGAAAAUAUCAUCAACUCUUUGUCACCGCUCGCCGCGAGCGCGAUUGCGCUCGAGGAUAGUGAUAUUACAGAGAGUAAGGCAGAUGACGAUAAAGCUUGGCAACAGAACGUCAAAUCUUUUAUGGAUGACAUGAAGGGGGAGAUAAAAGAGAUGAGAGAGACGAUUCUGGAUCUGAAGCGUCUAAUUGAAACCUUGAUCAUGACUAGAGAGAGAAAUACAUCUCCCAAGGGCUAG